AUUUUCUUUUAAUAAUGACGCCAACGUAGAGAAGCAGAGUUUAACGCCACUUCUCCCAGAUUCAGAUUGCCAUGAUUCCGCUAAUCAUUUUCAGAUUCACGGCAACAGAUCUUCCGCUGUGGAGAGAGCUGCUGUUUGAUGGGUUUGUUGGAAAGUAGAUUAUAUCAUUGGUUAUCACAAUGCAUCCUGUUGGCUAGUGAAGGAUAAGUUGGAGGCAUGGAGCAAGUUUUUAUUCUCAUGUUUUGGGAAUUGGUUACAAAAUCUGUACAAGGAAAGCCUAGUUUUGAAACUAAAGGAAAAAUCAAGUACCGUAGCGGAAAAACAAAGAUAGAAAAUGUGUUGCCUAAGCUAAAAAAGUUAGUUAGCAGUGAAUCUGCCAUGUUGGAAGGUUAACGUGCUCCUCCGUUUUAGUUCACAUUGGUGCCACUUAAGAUGAAAGGAAUAGACACGCAUAAACUAUAAAAUCUGUCAGGAAAAUUUACUUUUAUUUAUUAACAUCUUUGUGGAUGACAUGAUUUUCAAUUUCAUUUUCAUUUCAAACUUUUUUACACUUGUGGAGAAAAGGUGACCCUGAAAACGUUUUUAUUUUAUAUACCAUCUUCGUUGUGCUCCAUUUUUUGGGAGGAUAUGAGAGAUUUGUUAAAAAAUGCUAUUUGGUUCAUUCUGUUAUAAAAUGCAUUAAAUAAACACUGUGAAAAUAAUUUAAUUUUCUGAGCUUGCUCAUUUCCCCCCUCUUUUUGAAGUUGUAGAUUCUUUGUUCUACACGCAAAUCAUAGACAAGCUGUUUAUGAAUAUUUUGUGGAGAAGAGUUUGUGUUUGCUAUGACUCUUAUGCAUGUUGCAUGUUGCCAAACAUGAUAUUGUAUUUUGAGUUGAAGAAUACAUGGAGGAGACAACGGACGACACUAGACUGGUGGAAGGAUCAGUUCAUAAUGCCCAGUGGUGGCCAUCAGGUCUUAUUGAUAAACUGCGAGUAAUUUCUCUGGCUUCUCCAGAUGAAACCUCAAGUUCUAAAUCAAAAUGUCAGCUUGACUGUGGGAGUCCAGCCCUUCAUUUAGCAUCACAGAUUUUGUGGGACACUGGAAAGCUAGCAGAACCAAUUCCGGAUGGUUUCUACUUCGUCUAUCCAGAAAGAAGAUUCAAGGAGCUUUUUGAUACUAUUCCCUCCAUAGAUGAGCUCCAGGCUUUGGAUGCUGAUGGGCUCAGGCCCAAUGUUAUUCUUGUUGAUGCACGUAAAGAUAAGAAGCUUUCUAUGUUAAAGCAGCUAGCUGUCACAUUGGUGAGGGGACUCAAUCCAAAUCCUGCCGCCAUAAUCAAGAAGCUAGCUGGAUUGGUCUGUGAUUUCUUCAAAAGACCCAAAUUGGAACCCGAUCAUGUGAGAGGCGCACUAGAAGCGGUCUCUCAUGCAUUGGAUAGUCAAGGUAUCCAUAUGCUGGGCCAUGUAAAGCAAGGAUCUUGCCAUUCCAAAGCUAUCUUAUUCAAAGUUCUUGCUGACACUGUUGGCCUGGAAUGUAUGCUUAUGGUGGGUUUAGAUAGAGAAGGGGUAAUACAGCGAUCAGACGCGUAUAGGCACAUGUCUGCCAUAGUUGUUUUAAAUUCUAGUGAAUUUUUGGUUGAUCUUGCACGUAGCCCUGGGAAAUUGGUGCCAUGCUCAGCCAAGGCAGUCCUUCUCUCUCAUCUCUCUGCUGGUGAGAGUGAUUCUGCUGAAAAUGAUUCAUAUGAUUCACCUAUUGAACCAAAUAGUCCAGUGCGUGCAUUUUCAGAUCAAACAGAAGUUGAAGGAUUAUCCCACAGUGAACCAAAUGUAGCAAAUUCCUUUUGGAGGCGUAGUCGAAAGAAAACAAUAGCUGAACAAAGGACCGCAAGUUCAAGUCCCGAGCAUCCUUUCUUCCGUGGACAUGGGCGAUCUUUGCUUGGAGAUUGCAGGCAUUCAUUCCGAGAGUAUGACAAUGAUAUUAACGCAUCAAGGUCUGUUGGUGCAUCUCCAAUAGAAGCUCGUAGGAGAAGACGGCGAUGCAUUAGCAUGGUUCCCGAGAUUGGUGAUGAUAUAGUGAGGGCUGUUCGUGAGAUGAGUGAAACACUCAAGAGAAAUCGUCAUCCAGAGGAACAAGUAGCUUCGUCUUAUAGUUGUUCCGCGAGUGAACAAGAAGACUACUCAGAUCGAGGAAGUGUGUCAAGGUUCAAUCCGGAUGCACAUGAUGGUCUAUAUAGUCAAAAGCCUUUGACAUAUAAUCUUCCCCUGAAACAAUUACACUCUCAAAAGGCAAUCUCUUUGCCUUCUUCUCCUCAACGAUUUUCCAAGAAAGGUUAUCUUAUGAAUGACACCUCAGAAAUUUGUUUGAGUCCUGAUACGAUGUCAACAUUUAAUAAAGUGCUAGAGUCUUCAAAGUUCCUGAACCAGCCACUGCUACCGUUCGAAGAAUGGAAUAUUGAUUUUUCUGAAUUAACCAUCGGAGCUCGUGUAGGAAUUGGAUUCUUUGGUGAAGUUUUUCGUGGCACCUGGAAUGGGUUAGAGGUUGGGAUCAAAGUAUUUCUGGAACAAGAUCCAACUGCUGAAAACAUUGAAGACUUCUGCAACGAAAUAUCUAUCUUGAGCCGGAUUCGCCACCCAAAUGUUAUAUUAUUCCUUGGUGCGUGCACAACACCUCCGCGCCUCUCCCUAGUUACUGAAUUUAUGGAGAUGGGUUCACUGUAUUAUUUAAUCCAUGCAAGUGGGCUGAAAAAGAAGCUGAGCUGGCAAAGGAGACUCAAAAUGCUUAGUGAUAUAUGCAGGGGAUUAACAAGCAUCCAUCGAAUGAACGUGGUACACCGUGAUCUGAAAAGUGCAAAUUGCCUUGUGAACAAGCAUUGGGUGGUGAAGAUAUGUGAUUUUGGACUUUCGCGGAAACUGAUCACCAGGCCAAUGAAAGACUCUUCUUCAGCUGGAACGCCAGAAUGGAUGGCACCGGAACUCAUUCGCAAUGAGCCCUUCACAGAAAAAUGCGACAUCUUCAGCUUGGGCGUCAUAAUGUGGGAGCUCUGCACACUCAAAAGACCAUGGGAAGGCAUACCAUCUGUACAGGUAGUUUAUGCUGUUGGCCAUGACAGGCAGACACUUGAAAUCCCAGAAGGUCCUCUAGGCAAGCUCAUAGCAGAUUGCUGGGCUGAACCAGAUGAACGACCAAGCUGUCAGGAGAUUCUGUCGCGCCUGCAAGAAUGCGAGCUCUUAUUGUGCUAAUAUGUGACUCUUAUCCAUUUCUUUCAACGAAUACAUAAUACUAUUGCCCUUUCUGUGCAAUAAUUGAACAUACAAGGUGUUAGAGGGGUUUGUUGAAAACGAGUAUUGCAAAUAUGGGUCGAUAAUUAGCAAGAUUUUGUACUACGAAUGUAGACUUUGAUCGGAUGCAAUUGUAUGGAAUGAAAUAGAGCAAACCGUUUGCAUAA